CGACGGCCACGACCUCCCAUGGCGGCAGCGCCUCGAUGUCGAGGCAGCUGGAGCACAGCCGCGCGCUGGCGCUGUCUUUGGUGCAAUUCGACCUGCUGGACCGCGCGCUGCUGGCGGCCGAGAGGAAAGAGCAGCGGCAGCUCGUGGUGGCGGCCCUGAUCCGGGCGCUGCACAACCUCACCGCGGGCAAGCGGCUCGUGGAGCCCGGCAGGCUACUGAGCCGCUGGGUGGCCCUCGACUUCUCGCGGUUCGGCUUCCGGUUCCUGACGCCGCUGGUGAGGAAGCUCAUCGCCGAUUCCCACGCCCCGGAGGCUGCGAGGCUCCUGCGGCACGUUUGCCGUACCCUCUCGUGGUUGCUCGUGCACUCGGAGUUCGACGGGAGCACCCUCCUCGCCGAGUCCCUGCGCCCCAUCGCCUCCGAGUGGGCGCUCCGCGGGCUGUCCGCCUCCCCCCCGGCCGCGCUGGCGGCGCUGCUAGUGUUGGCGGGCAACUGCGGCGGCCUGGAGGGGAGGCUCCUCGGCGAGGCGGAGGGCGCAGCGCACCGGGUCUGUGAGGACGUCAGCGUGGAGUUGGGGAGGUGCCCGGCGCUAACGGCGCUGGGCGAGAGCGGGCUCGUCGGCCUCGGCUUCGACGUCUCCCCGGCGCUCCGCGAGGACGCGUGCGAGGAGAACCUGGCGGACGAGGGCGGCGACCUGAGCCCGUGCAGCCCGGCCCUGCGCGGCGACUUCGUGGCUGGCCCCCCGGCGGCGAGCAAAGCCCAGAUCAAGAUGCUCAUGGGCCAGCUCAAGGAGGACUUCCCAGAGCGCGCGGCGGUGGACAGCUCCGUGUUGGCCUCUGCCUCGGCUAUUCGUUCUCGGCAGUCGGAAGCUCGUCCUAUUCGUCAGCAGGCCAAUGAGGCUCAGCAGGCUUUGGAGAAGAACGAACGCACAGUGGUCUCCCUCGACAAGCAGAUCAGUGACGCCCAGGUGCGUCUCAAGGAGCCCAACGAGAAGCGGGCCGAGGCGGCCGCCCAGCAGGCUCAGCUCAAGGCUCGCUACCUCGAGCUGGCGGCGAAGGUUGCUGACCUGCCGCCGCCCCCGCAGGCGGCGGAGCUCCAGGGUCACAUGUCCGAUUUCGACUCCGUGUUGGCGUCGGGCGACCUGGCGGCGAUCCGCGAGGGCUGGGCCAAGCUCAAGCCGAGCUGCGAGUCUUUUGCCCAAGGGCCGCAGCCUGCCAGCGGAGAGAUCACCUGCGAGCACUACAUGGGCGUGAUCCUCUUCCCUGGGACGAGCCGCCGCCCGACACUGGACGGCCGCCACAGCCUCUUUCAGCACGACUACCACUGGGAGCUCUUCUUCGGCUGGACCAACAAGAGUUGCGGGGGGAGCAUCUUCCUACAUCAGCGGUUUCCGCAGGCACACCUACGUCGGAUCUACCCUCCGCCCGCGGCGCUCUCGGGCCGGUGCGGCGCGACGGUGCCGCUCCUCGGACGUGCUCCUCAUGAUUCGGCACCUUUCCGUGCCACCCGAGUCCUGCUCCAGCCGCAAUUCAUACCGCCAGGUGGCCCAGGCUAUGAUCUCGUGGGCACGCACCGCGCUGGAGUCUGUGGGCAGUCGACGCACGCCCUUCAGCGGGGCGGACCUCAGCUCGGCGACUCCGUGGACGAGACGUUUCUCGGCCCCCCGUCCCUGCUCGAGCCCGACUUGUGGAGCGAGGUCGACAGCGCCGUGGGCCCUGUCUUGGAGCUGGAGGGCCUUUCUGGACGUCUUUGGCAACGGUUCCUCUCGGACCACGACACCUUGUUUGUCAGCGGGGACACCUUCAUCGGGGCGCACGGACGGUCGCGCAGGACCGACUUCCUCCACGCCCCGUGCAAGUGCAAGGCCCCCAUAGGAGCAGGACGCCGCCUCAACACAUUGUACGAUCGAGACCACCGCUCUGUCUACGCGGGCGACAUCUUCGAGGCUCACGCGCAGCACACCUGGGACUACGACGCGAUCAUGCUUCGUCUGGAGGGCGCCCUGAAGUCGCGCGACCUGCAGCAGGCGGUCACGUUCCUCCCCAAGACGGCGCGCCAGCACGCCCAGCAGCUCAGGGACCUCGCGGCCUCGGAAUGGAUCAGCAUCGUGACCCCGCCCACGGCCACUUCGAUCGUCGCAGCUCGGGAAGCGGGCAAGAUGUACGCAGCGGCGGCGCAGUUCAAGUACCCGUCGGCCUCCGUGGAGCAGGAGGCCCCUCAGGGGCACGUGCCCCCGCGCACCUUCUACCAGCAGCUCUACACCAGGAUGCAGUUCGCUAGCGCGGACCAGAUCACACUGAGGAGCGUCAACCCAGACGGCCCUCGGGAGACAUGCCUCGACCAAGCGCGGGCGCAAUGCCGAGUGGCGCUUCACUUGUUGAAGGCCUUCGACAAGAUUGCGGGCCACCGUGGCCAGCAGCUCACCUUCCGCGGCAAGGCGCUCCGAGAGGCGCUCGCUGGCGGGCCCGCGGGCGUUCCGCCACACGAUGGUGGUGGAGACGAAGAGCGGGAUGCACCUCUCUCCCAGCAUGGAGAUGCUGAGGCCAGGGGAGAUGGCAUCGUGGACAUGGUCCGCGCCUUCCGUGCGGAGAUCGCGACCUUCGCAGCGAGCCAGGCGGAGGCCACCACGGCCAGCGCCGCGUGCAGCGGAACGUUACAACACCGAGCGUGA